AUGAGGAAAAGUUUGAUCAAGAAAAUAAGGCAGGCUAUUCAGCAAAUCGCUUCGACGGUGCCUGUGAAUACCGUUGGUGACCAAUGGGUUGAGCUUUGGAGGGAAUAUGAAGGCCAAGAAACUUUGGUAGCGAAGAUUGUGAAGCACUUGGACAAAUUUGACAUGAUUGUUCAAGCGUUCGAUUACGAGCGGAAAUAUGGAUUAGAUUUGGAGCAGUUCUUCGAAACGACAAAAACUGCCUUCACAAUUGAACCCUUUGUCGAAUGGAACCGCGAGCUACGAAUUCGUCGUGACCUUUUUCGGAAGGGGACUAGUAAUUAA